CCCGCUGACACCGCCGAGGCGGCUCGCACGGCGCGGCCGAGAGCGGCGGGGCCGCCCGGGGAUGGCCGCCGGGGCCGCCCCCGCCCAGCGCCGCCGCUGAGACCCAGCGGGGCCACGGCCCGGCAGGAUCUAAUCUGGCUACUGUGCUCUGGAAGAGGAGGAGAGCGAGCCAGCAGGAGAGAGAGGAGAGAGCGAGGACCAUCGCAGAUAACGAGCCCGCGCCAUGCAGUCCUUUCGAGAAAGGUGUGGUUUCCAUGGCAACCAGCAGAGCUACCAGCCGACUUCACAAGAUACAUCACGCCUGGAGAAUUACAGGCAUCAAAGUCAGGCAGGGCCGAACUGCGAGCGGCAGAGGCUGGUGGCGAAGGAGUACUACAGUCAGCAGCAACUGCCAUACGCAGGCUAUGAGAACAGCGCGGUGGAGAAAUACCACCGGGGGAACAAGCAAUUAGCAGGGCAGCAGCUGCAAGGCAGGCCAGCCUUUUCCAAUUACACCGUGCAGGAGAACAGCCCUUACCCAGCCCGUUAUUCAGGGGAUGAGAGCCUGCAGGGGUGGGGCGGCCAAGCGCAGACGCUGCCGGGUGGGGUGGCCAAGUACGAGGACAGCCUGAUGAAGAAGACGGCAGCGGCACUGGCGGGAGGGCGGUCAUACCACGAGCCAGCGGCUGCCCCACUGCCCUUCCGGACUCACUUCCAGCAGCAGCAGCAGCAGCCACAGCAGCAGCCACCUGCACUCCCCUACCCCAAGCUGCAGCGGCAGAAGCUGCCAAACGACGUCUCCUCGCCCAUGCCCUUCUCACAGAGCCCGCACUUCGGGCAGCACUCGCAGUCCUUCCCUGCAUCCUCCACCUAUUCCUCGCCGCCAGCGCACUCCUACAAGAGCUGCACAGCACCCUCGGGGCAGCCGCCACUGGAGCGGCCCCUGGGCAGCGCUGCCAGUCUGGCCCCUGGCCCCCGCGUGCCCAACCUGCACGGCUACCAGCCCAACCGCAUCGGCUACGAGCAGCCCCCGCAGCCCCCACCGCAGCCCCCGCAGCCGCCGCCGCAGCCCCCGCAGCCACCGCAACCCCCACAGCCACCUCAGCCCUUGCAAGGGCGACAUCACGGCCCAGACACCCUCCACUACCAAAAUCUGGCCAAGUAUCAACAUUAUAACCAGCCGGGUCAGACCUACUGCCAGGGCGAGGCGCCGCCUGUCCGAACGCCAGAGCAGUAUUACCAGACCUUCAGUCCCAGCGCCAGCCACUCGCCGGCUCGCUCAGUCGGCAGGUCCCCGUCCUACAGCUCCACUCCCUCCCCGCUCAUGCCCAACCUGGAGAACUUCCAGUACACCCAGCAGCCACUGAGCACUGGCGCCUUCCCAGCCGGCAUCACCGACCACAGCCAUUUCAUGCCGCUGCUGAACCCUUCUCCCACCGACGGGACGAGCCCUGAUGCUCAAUCCGGGAACUGCAAAAACUUGCAGAAAGAGAAACUGCCUGAAAACCUGCUGUCGGACCUGAGCCUGCAGAGCCUGACGGCGCUCACCUCCCAGGUGGAGAACAUCUCCAACACCGUCCAGCAGCUGCUGCUGUCCAAAGCGGCUGUGCCCCAGAAAAAGGGCAUCAAGACCCCAGCGAGGACCCCCGAGCAGCUCAAGGGGCAGCACUGUAGCCCUGAGAGCAGCACCUACUCGGCAGAACAGGUAGGGACCCCCCUAUCCGACCCACUGAGCACCCCCCAGUCCGUCCAUGCUGAAACACAGGAUGCUGAUUAUCUCAGUGGGUCGGAGGACCAGCUGGAGAGGAGUUUCCUGUACUGCAACCAGAACCGGAGCCCUGCCCGCGUAAACAGCAACUCCAAGGCGAAGCCUGAGUCAGUGUCCACCUGCUCUGUGACCUCCCCAGAUGACAUGUCUACCAAAUCAGAUGACUCCUUCCAGAGCAUCCACGCUAGCCUGCCCCUGGACACUUUCACCAAGUAUGUGACCAAUGAACGGGACUGUCCCCGGCUGCUCCUCAGUGCCCUGUCCCAGGAGGAGCUGGCUUCCGAGAUCAUUGUCCUGCAGGAUGCCAUCAGUGAGAAGGGAGACAAAGCCUGGGCCAACUCACCCAUGCUGAGCAAGGAAGCCACCAAGUCCCCUUUCCAGAUGGAGAACCAUCGUCCCUGCCUGGACUCCAUGGUGAAGGGUGCCUGGCCCAGCCAGGGUGACUCCAGCACACUCACUGAACCCCUCAAGCUGGACAAGGCUUCAGGGGCCAGCACGGGGAAGGACUUUGGUGAGGAGGUGUAUGAUGGUCCGCAGGUGGAGUUUGCUGCCACCAAGACCAAGGACACGCUGAAGGAUGCUGCCCCGCUGACCUUCAACUCCAAGCCCAGCAUCCCAGCGGCGACCUCGAGCGCCGGAGCUGCCGGAUACAGCUGCUACUCCAACACCACCGCCAACUCGGUGGGGUCUGAGAACGCCAUGGAGCCCUUCGAGUGGCCGGAGGAGAGCCUGGGCGAGGCCUGCCUGCGGUGGAAGGAGCUGCAAGCCACCGAGCUCCCCAAGGGCUUGUUCCCCAGCAAACUGGUGGGCUCCUGCAAGGAGAAAAAAAAUGCCUGCGGCUUGGAUCUGUGUGAUGGUGAGCAGCAGGCCAAGAGUGAGCCAGCCCAGGACUUCAGCCAGCAGGCGAUGGAGGAAGAAGAGACGCUGACCUACGAUGAGGCCACAAAGGCAGACAGUGAGAGGUGGCUGCAGGACACCCGGCACUGCUGCUCGACUGGGGACUUCAGUGAGAUUCCCAUCAUCUCCUCGCCGGAGCUGAAGGAGUCAGACCUGGAGGCAGAGGAGUACUCCUCACUCUGUGAGCUGGCCGGCUCGGAGCAGAAGUCGGUGACGUACGACGCCUCAUCGCCAAAGCCCCCAGAGAUGCCUGCCGUGCUGUCCUCCAGCGAGGUGCCUGUGUCUGCUGAGGAGACUGUCAGCGCAGUGGAAAAGGAGAGCUCAGCUUCUGCUGCUCGCCUCUCUGGCCAGUCUGUCAUCCUGCUGGGCCCUGCCGUGGGCACAGAGACUAAGGUGAAGAGCUGGUUCAAGUCCUCCCUGCCUCACAUCCAGCCCGAGGAGGAGAGCAGCAGGGGGGAGAUGUCCCACCCAGAGGCAGCCAAUGCUGAAUCCACCCCGUCAGUCACAGUGAAGCAGCUGCUCACCUCUGAAAACACACUGGGGAAAAUGGAGCCGGUCUCACGGGGCAAGAGCCUCCGCAACAAGAGGGUCCAGGGGCGGCUGCUGGAGGGGGACGGCCCCAGCAGUGCUGUGCCCAGCCCCUUCAGUGACUUGCCCACAGCUGGCAGCACGGCCGGUGCCUGCCUAGGGCCAGAUGGCCAGGCAGAGGUGCCCAGCAAGAACGCCCAGAGCCAGACACCCCGAUUUCCAGCUGAGGGUCUGCCAGCACGCAUGUGCACCCGCUCCUUCACUGCCCUCACCGAGCCCCGUGCCCCGGCACCGCUGGAGGGGUUGAAGGUCCCCGUGCACCAGGAGAAGCUGGGGAAGAAGCCAGCCUGCGGCGUGAAGCAGCGGGUGGCUUUCAAAGCCAGGAAGUGCAGCGGCCGACUGGUCCCCAAGGUGGUCCAAAACCCUGGUGAUGCCACCCUCCUGGUGCCUGGCUUGGUGUCAGUGGAGGAGGCAGCGGGGCCGACACCGCCGGAGGGGGACACAGUAGAGGUGGGGGAGAGGGACCAGCGGUCGAUGAUUCUGCGCUCCCGGACGAAGACGCAGGAGGUUUUCUACACCAAGAGGCGGCGGGGCAAGCGGGCUGCUGACGUCCGGCUGAAGAACUGCAAAGUGCCCAAGAAGCUCAUCAACAACCACUUGCCGCCUGCCUUCAAGCUGGCAGCCCCAGGCAGCCCCCACAAAGAGGGGAAGGUGAGCGCCAGGAUGAAGCUGCCCAAAGCAGGGCCAGGGGUGGGGGGCAAGAUGUCUGAGCGGCCCCUGCACUCUCUGAAGAGGAAGUCCACCUUCAUCUCCCCCAUCCCCACCAAGAAAAGGAACCUGGUCUUGCGGAGCAACAAUGGCGGCGUGAAGGAGGAAAAGCCAGAGGGUCCCCCCAGCCUCUUCAAGAAGAUGCCUGUGGCCAAGAAGGUGAAAGCCAAGCUGCCUCCCAAGAGCUCUGGUGAAGCUGUCCCAAAGCACCCUCCACCGAAGGAAGCCCCUGAUGUCUGCAUCAAGAUCACCUCCCGGGCAGCCUUCCAGGAGGCCACCAAGACCAAAGUGCUGCCUCCUCGCAAAGGCCGUGGCCUCAAGCUGGAGGCCAUUGUCCAGAAGAUCACCUCGCCCAACCUGAAGAAGUUUGCUUGCAAACCAGUGGCCACGGCGGCGGCCACAAUGACCACCUAUGGCACCUCCCUGAGCCUGGCAGGGGUGGAGAGGGAGCGGGCAGCGAAGCACGGCGGGGUGGCCCCGGGUGACACACGGCUGCCCAAGCCAGUGGCAGCACAGAAGGUGCCCGGCACAGCGAUGGCUGGGCAGCUCUGCCGAAACCCCAAUGGCCGGGCACCAAAGGGGAAGCUGGGUGGUGGGAAGAAGCUCUCCACUGAGGGCUGCCAGGGCGAGGCCUGUGCCCUGGCCCCGGGGGUGCAGCCCGGCUCUGCCAUGGCAGCCAAGGGCCUGGGGCUCCUGCCUAAGAAGAGGAACCGCAAGGGCAAAGUGGCAGCGCUGGGCAUGGCCAGAGCACCCAUGGGCCCUGUGCCGCCACCGGCGCUGCCCCGGGAGCGUGUGACCGGCCCUGGUGUUGGUGGGGAGGAGGUGGCACGGGAGGGGAAGAAACCAAAGAGCGAGGAGAAGGAGGCAGGGGGCAGUGAGGGUCCCCCUGAGGGACGCCCCGGUGCCGGGCCGGCUCGGGGGCCCAAGCCGCGGGCCAACCACUCCAACUACAACGGCUACUCCAAGCGGCAGCGGAAGCGGCUGGCCCACGGCAAGGCCAAGGCGGUGCCGGCACGCUGCAAGGGCCGCGGCAAGCGGCGGCGGCAGCAGCCCCAGCAGGCCCCGCUGCUGCAGCCGGCUGAGCCCGAGAUCCGGCUGAAGUACGUCUCCUGCAAGCGGCUGCGGGCGGACAACCGGGCGCCCAGCUUCUCCCCUUACAUCCACGUGGAACGGCAGGGUGAGUUCACCGCCACCUGCACCGUCAUCAACUCGCCCAGCGAGGAGGCGCGGCUGCAACGGGGACCCUUGGGGCCAGCGCCGCCACCGCAGGCAGCCCUGCCCGCCUCCUCCACCAUGCACAUGGGGCCGGUGGUGUCCAAGGCGCUGAGUGCCGCCUGCCUGGUCUGCUGCCUGUGCCGCAACCCCGCCAACUACAAGGACCUGGGGGACCUCUGUGGGCCCUACUACCCCGAGGACUGCCUGCCCAAGAAGAAGUCACGGCUGAAGGAGAAGGCACGGGCAGAGGGGCAGGGCGAGGACUCCGUCCCCCCCGCCACUGCAGCCGAGCGGCUGGCCCGAGGGACAGAGGGCGGCUGCGGUGCUGGCGGCAAGGCUGCGCGGCCGGAGGGUGCCGGCGAGGCGGCCAAGCAGAGCUCGCUGCGCUCCAGCCCGCGGGGCAUGUUUCGUAGGCUGCAGAGCUGCUACUGCUGUGACGAGAGGACAGAGGGCGAGGAGGCGGCCGAAAAGCCCCGGCGGCAUGAAUGUCACAAGGCCGAGUCCCUGCCGCAGGAGCCGGCGGGUGACACUCAGGAGCACUGGCUGCACGAGGCCUGUGCCGUAUGGACCGCUGGGGUUUUCCUGGUGGCGGGGAAGCUCUACGGGCUGCAGGAGGCCGUCAAGGCAGCUGCCGACCUGAAGUGCUCGAGCUGCCAGCAAGCGGGAGCCACCGUGGGCUGCUGCCAGAAGGGGUGUCCCCACACCUACCACUACGCGUGUGCCAUCGACACAGGUUGCUUAUUAACCGAAGAGAGCUUCUCUUUGAAAUGCCCCAAACAUAAGAGGCAGCCGCUGUAGCCCCCCGCGGGCACCCACCAGCGAGGGACCGGCGGAGGAGGCAGCGCCCCGGGAGCGGAGCGGGGCUGUACCGGGAGCCCCCCCCCCGCUGCAGGUGGGCGCAGCGCUGCCCCAUCCCCGUCUUCUCCCUCCCCGAGCCCGUUCCGGGCGGGUAGAGCCAGCGCCGGGUUUUCCUCCACCCCCGGACCCCGGUAAAACCCGGCCUGGCUUACACGGGAGAUGGAUCGGGAUCCCUCGGGAUCGCUGCACAGGGGGGAGGGCGGGGGUGAUGGGGGGUGGGGGGGGUGGGGCGGGGGUGUGGGACCGUGUACACGGGGGGGUCCCGGUGAUGUUGUCUUACUGUGGGGCUGCCGGAGACCCCCCCCGCGGGUCCCGGCUCUCCAUAUCUCACACUGAUCUGAUCUGAGAUGUUGCCUUCAGCAAACCUCACGGUGUCUGUCUGUAUAUACGUGCGGCGGAGAAAAGGAGACAAAAAAAAAACGAAAAAAGAAAAAAGAAAAAAAAAAAGACAGAAAAGACAAAAAAAAAAGAGAAAGAAAAAAAAAAAGGAGGAAAAAAAAAAGAAAAAAAAAAAAAAAAAAAAAGGAGAAAAAACGGCCUGCUGUUUGAAACACCACUCUGCUUUUCUGUUUUGUUCUUCCAUCUCCUGUCUGCUCCCACCCUGCUUGUCCCGGGGUGCCAGGCCCCCCUGCCCAGGCCGAGGGGUGCCCACUGGGCUGCCCCAGCCCUCCUCCCUCCUUCCAGCCCCCAGCCCAUUGCACCCACCACCCUCCCUGUCCAUGGGGUGCUGUAACUGCUGGGCUGGGGACACCCAGUCCUACUCUUGGAGACCCCAAGACCCACCCUUCUCCCUCUGGAGCAGCUCUGUGGCUCCUCUCACUGGGGAUGGGCUUUGCUCCCUGUGCUUGUGCAAACCCCAUAGCUCUGGGUGCAAACCUCAGUCUCUCUGUGCAACCACCCCCACCCCGGGUCUUAUCCUGGUGUAAGAGGGUGCCAGCACCCCAGAAAUGGCUUUCCAGCUAGCAGCAGGGUCCUUGCAGGAGGAAGAGGAGGGCACUUGCCCUCUGCAUGGCCCUGGCUCUCCCCUCCCUGCCCUGGGUGUUGGGUUCACUCAGAUCCUUUGGCUUUCAAUUCCCUCCCGUCCACCUCAGUGAAGCUUUGGGGGGGCUGCCCAGCACUGGGAUCACCCCCCGCCCACGUCUCCGUGGGGUGCCCUGCAUGACCCCCCCCCCUCCCUCUUCCCCCCCAACCCAUCCUCACACCACCCCUACCCUGGCACAGGUAGCAAAUAACCAAACCAGGGUGAAUCCACCCCAAAACCCUGCGAAGGUAUGGGGUUGUGUGUGUGUGGGCACAGCACUGGCCCCAUCCGCCCCUCCCCUAGCCCCACAGAGCCAGCACCCAUGUCCCCCCCCUGCUGUUGUGUCCCCUCCGUCCCACCCAGCCCUCACCCUCAAGGUUUGCUGGCCACAAAAUGUCUGUCAUUUCAGCAAUUUGCCUUGGACACGGGAGCAAAAAAAACAUACAGUAAAAAUAGAAAUAAUAAAUACAUUUUAAAAAAAAAAGAGGGGGAAAAAAAUAAUAAUUAACUUAAAGGAAAAAAAAAACAACAAACAACCAACAAUCCUCCCAGUGUCCCUGGCAGUGUUGCCUGAAAUCUGGCUAUUUUUAGUGACAUCUUGUACAUAUGACUGUAAAAUGGUAAACCGUGUGUAUUAUAUAUUGCCUCAUUAUAUAGUGUAUAUAUAUGUAUACAUAUACAUAUAUAUAAUAUAUAUGAAGACUGUAAAUGUUAAGACUAGUGUUCUUAUUAGUAUAUUGCUUCACACUGAAGAUUGUGUGUAACAAGCUGUUUCUAAAAGAUGUUUAUUUUCCUUAAGAGUAAAAAACAGGUCAUUGCAUUCAGAGCGUCAAUAAAGAUACAACGAUUGUUUUGGAAGUA